ACGCAAGCGAAAGGAGAGGAGGCGGCUAAUUAAAUAUUGAGCAGAAAGUCGCUUGGGGGGCGUGUCACGUGGGUCUUGAGGCAGGUCCAGCUUGGGAUAAAUACCGCGAGGCACUGAACAGGCAAAAAAGCGCUCUCCGACCGCCUCCUCCACCGCCGGCAACCGAGAGUGCAGGGCGCCCCGCGUGGGCUCAGACGCGCCAGAGGAACCCCUGGAGCCUUUCCGCUGCAAAAUCCGACAUGAAAAUCCUCGUGGCCUUGGCAGUCUUUUUUCUUGUCUCCACGCAACUGUUUGCAGAAGAAAUCGGAGCCAACGAUGAUCUGAAUUAUUGGUACGAUUGGUCCGACAGCGACCAGAUCAAGGAGGAGCUGCCCGAGCCCUUUGAGCACCUUCUGCAGAGAAUCGCCCGGAGACCCAAGCCUCAGCAGUUCUUCGGAUUAAUGGGCAAACGAGAUACUGAUUCCUCAAUUGAAAAACAAGUGGCCCUGUUAAAGGCGCUUUAUGGACAUGGCCAGAUUUCUCAUAAAAGGUAUAAAACAGAUUCCUUUGUUGGACUAAUGGGCAAAAGAGCUUUAAAUUCUGUGGCUUAUGAAAGGAAUGCAAUGCAGAAUUAUGAAAGAAGAAGUAAAUAAACUCCUAACGCGUUAUUUAUUGAGCUCCAUUUGUGUCAAUGGCUAAUGAAAGGCAAAAUAAGACAUGCACUAUGAGGAAUAAUUAUUUAUUUAAUAGUAAGUGUUGUUUGAGUAGAAAACUCAAAAAGUGUUUAUUUUUCAUACUGUGCCAAGAUGUGUUAUACAAAUUGUUAUAAUUCUAAUAUGAUGACCCCUUCUGAGCUAGAAAUAAGUGGUAACUUCUCAACAAAGCACAGUAUUCAUUAAAAUUGCAAAACCUGUCAAUGAUAUAGUCUCUCAAGAAAGAAAUCGUUCUUGUUUCUUUGAAGCAGUCACUUCAGCUAACUGCUGAAAGGGAACGAAAUUGCUCUAUAGUCUUGUGCUUCCCCUAUUUGGUUACAUGGUGAACAUGGACUGAGAUUUUGGUAUCAAAUAUAUUUGUAUCCCUGAAGCAUGUUUCAUGUUUUAUGACUAUAUAGAGAUGUUUUAAAAAGCUAUAAUGUGAUUCUAAGGUCUUCAUUUCAUUGUAUGGUGUGUUGUGAUAAUUAAUGUUUUAAAUAAAAGAAAAAAUACCUUGA